AUGUCUCAAGAAAACAAACGGAUUGAAGUUUCAUUCGAACAUGCUCAUGACCAAUUCUGGUGGACUGUUCAGGACAAGGAAAGUUUGAACAAUCGCCAGUAUUUCAGACUUUACAAUAACAGAGUUCGGGUUUUAAAACAGAAGAUACUUGAAACUGCUCGAGAAGUAAUAGGUAAGACAACUUUUUGCUUUUUUUUGUUUUUAGGUAUUCACAGAGCAGUGUAAAUUAUAAUAAAUCUUUUUGUAGAUAAAGAUGUGUCUUUCACGUCGCUAUCAGAUGUUAAACCUAACACACCGGUCCUAAUCUGUGGAGUAACAAUUAAGAAAUGCAAAAACAUGGUUAGCGUUAUGGAAGAAUUUAAGAAGCCGCAAUGUGAAGAUGAGGAUGAACUUUGGGAACAGGAAGAUGCAGAAGAGGAAGCUGAACUAAAUGCCGAGAAUCCGUUUGCCAAAGUUACAAGUCUGUGUUGUCCACAAGAUUCUGUUGAGUUAGAAGACGAUAAACAACGGAUUCCGUUGACUGGACCUGAGAUUAACAAGGUGGUUUAUAUUAAAACAAUGACGAUUUUUUACUGGUUUUGUUAAUUUAUUCACAACAGUCAGCUUUAUUUAAAUUAUGAAUAAAAAUAGAAUACAAAACGUUGUUUUCAGGAUCACUACGUGACAGGUAACGUAAUGGGGUUUUUCGGAUUUAAAAAUAACACUGAGGACUUUGUUGUGGAAAAAGUGAUAAGGCCAAAGUUGCCAGAACAGAAGCCAUGGCCGAAGAAAGUCAAGGACUCGUAAGUUUGUCUAAUACCUUAAAAUAGCUUUCGGUAACAUCACAAAGAUGUUCUUAAGAAUUUGAUGAUUUUGCAAAUAUUUACUUUUUUAAUUGCAAUAUAAGCGAUAUUAUACUUUAACUAUAGUUUUAAGGUACAUAAUGUUCAUAUCAGGCUUUAAUUUAAACGCCCAGAUAUCGAAAAACGAGUGGAAGAUGGCUGCUUUUGCCCAGUUAUCUGAAUUCUUACAAGGAAAUUCCUUGGACAUGAAGCAAUGUGAUUUGGCCCAAAAGGUUGCAAGAGUACUAUUUGUUGGUGACACCCUGAGGCUAUCUAGCCAGGUAAUAUUUUUUUGUUUUUUAUUUAUAUAACAGUUUCUUGCGGUUACAAAUCUUCAGAAUACUUUUUUUAGGAUUACACGAGAUACACGGUUACGAGGAUAGGACAGAAGCAAAGCUUUGAACCUCAUGGGUUGGAACAGUUGGAUCGGUUAAUGGAAGAAAUGACAGUAAGUUCGAUCGUAGUGUAUUUUUACGAUUUUGUUAACUAAAUUAUGUAUGUUCUAUAUGCUUUUUUUAAUCUUUUUAUGUUUUAAAGUUUGUAUCAUUAGGUUUUAGAAAUGCCUGUUACUCAAGUGAUAGCAAUUUUAUCUUUUUACUGUAACUGUCGUUUGUUUUAGGUUACAUGUCCAGUCACACUGAUGCCGGGGCUAAAUGACAUUUGCUCCGGGUUACUACCUCAACAACCAAUGUUAAGGAAGGCGUUUUUGAGGAAUAAUAAACAUUCAGAAGCCAACUUCAACUUGGUCACGAAUCCGUAUGGCUUCGUCUAUGAUGGUGUCAAGUUUUUGGGAAUGUCAGGUAACAAUCGUUUUAUAUCAUAAUGUAAAAUACUUUGAUUUGUUGUAUGUUAUUAUAUAAAUCCAUGUUGUACGUUUAUAGGCCAGAAUAUGGAUGAUAUGUUACGAUACACUCAAGGUCGAUCAGUGAUUGAGUUGAUGACGGAUCUUUUGGAACAUUCUCAUAUUUGUCCAACAUGUCCAAGCACAGCAGAUGGAUAUCCAUAUUUGAAUAGAGAUCCACUGUUGAUCACCGAGAUACCUCAUGUUUUCUUUGUGGGAAACCAAGAUAAAUUUGCAUCAGAGAUGGUCACCUUAUCCAACGGAGCCAAAGUUCAAAUAUUGGUACUGCCUAGGUUCAGUCAGACACAUGAGGUAGGUUUUUACAGCAAGAUUCCUUGUUGCAGCUUUGAACAGAAAACUUAUUUUGUUUUUAGGUGCACUUGUUUAAUCCGAAAACGUUAGAAACCGUGCCAUUUGAAGUGUUUGUCGACGAAGAUCUGAUAGAAAAGACUCACUUUUACGCAAAUUCACAGAGCGAAGAGAUGGAAGUGGAUUAA